AUGAAGGCUGUCAAAGGGUCGUCGUUGGCCUUAGGGUUGACUGCUCUAGCCAGCAAUGCUGUCCACGCUGCCACACCCAAGUACUGUGCCACGGGUGCCGACAAUGUCUGCUUCCGGUUUGGCAUCCCCCAGUCAUCGGCCGACUCAGGGUCCGGCAACAUCUACUUCCAAAUCCAAGCACCAUCGACAUACUCGUGGGUAGCACUUGGCACGGGCGAUCAAAUGAAGGGGUCCAACAUGUUCGUCAUGUACCAAGAUGGGUCGGGUAACCUGACGUUAUCGCCCCGUCUGGGCACCGGACACUCGAUGCCCGAGGAGGACACUAGUUCGUCAGCUGCAAAGCUAGAACUCCUCGCAGGCAGCGGAGUGGUAAAUGGCGUCAUGACUGCCAACAUGGUCUGUCCUAACUGUGAAAGUUGGAACGGCGGCUCGCUCAGCCUGACGGACACGGCGUCGGAAUGGAUUGCUGCGUGGAAGCAAGGGUCAUCUAUGGCGACCACGAGCAAGAGCGCGAGCAUCAGUCAGCACGACGACCAUGAUGAGUUCCAACUUGACCUCACCCAGGCGACGGUUUCUUCCGACAGCAACCCCUUCCUCGAGGCAGACACCGAAGAUCCGGGGACCGGAAGCGGAAGCGGUGGUGGAAGCAGCGGAGGCGGAGGCAACAGCGACGAUCCUGGAGUUGUUGUAGGGCCUGGCAACCCAUUCGCACCUGUCGUCGGCGGCAAGCGUAGGGAUGGGGCUUUGAUCGCACACUCCGUUAUCAUGACGGCCACCUUUGCAGCUCUCUACCCCUUGGGCUCCAUGCUCAUGCCUCUGACCGGCAGCUGGAUCGCCCACGCAAUUUGGCAAACCUUUGCCUUUGCGAUGAUGUGGGUUGGUUUCGGCCUCGGUAUUCGUGUUGCGCAGGAUAGGCAUAUGCUCUUCAACAACACGCACACCAGGCUCGGAACAGCCGUCGUGUUCCUCCUCCUCAUCCAGCCAAUCCUCGGAAUCAUGCACCACAAGUACUUUGUGAAAUACCGCGAGCGUGGUGUGAUCAGCUAUGCUCACAUCUGGUGGGGUCGUAUCCUCCUUACUCUGGCCGUCGUCAACGGUGGUCUUGGACUCAAACUCACCAAUGCGGGCAACUCGGCUGUCGUUGCCUAUUGCAUUAUUGCUGCCGUCUGCUUUGGUAUCUACGCCAUUGUCAAGUCAUGGGCAGUCGUUCGCCGCGGCCGUCAGCAGGGCCCUGCUUUCCGCAAGAGUGACAAUUUCACUCAUCAACAGCGAUAUCCGGUUGGCCGACAGCCGUAUAGGCCAAGGAACCGGGUAUAA